UUGGGGCUUUUCAUAUUUUGGGGUCGUGUUCUUGAGUUAUAAAUGUGAUACAUAUAUUAUAACAAAUAUUAUAUCAUUUUCAUCAUACCUUCCAAUAUUUGCAAGUUACGACUUAAAGUAAAGGAAUUUAUUUCGAGAUCACUGUAGUUCCGUUUGUUUACACUAACAUGUUCCUGUGUGCACAGGAUUUUCAAACCGUAAUGUGGCUGACGAAAAGCUAAACAAAUACUACAAGAAAAAGGGCACAAAUACACAGCAUGUAAUAAGUAAAAAUAGGUCAAGGGAGGAAAAGAACUGUUAUACAGUUUGACUUUUCAAAAGUAAAUAUAAAAACUCAUGUACCAACUGUCAUAUGAUAUUUAGGCAAAGUUAAACACUCGAAUUAUCAACCAACGGCAAAUGAACUGAUGAAAUCUAUUAAAGGUGCUGCAGUCAUGUCAGAAAAAGACAGUCAGUUAAAGUAAUGUCAUAUGUAAAAGGGUUGUUGUGUAAUAUGAAUCCACCUAUGAAAAUAUUGAUGUACUGUUCAUCAUUCCAAAUAGAAAAAUGGUUUAUUGAUUUAAGAACGACUCAUAUAAAUGUCAGUAAUGCUAAACUGCGGCAGUUAUUUAUCUUGGUUAACGAAACAUAAAAAAUGUUGGCCUUAUAUUUAAAUAUAACACGCGAGUCUAUUUUUGGAAACCGGUGUUUUCCUUUAGAUUUCUGUUUCGGCCGUUUCGUCAGCAAAUGCGCUAUAACUCUUUGAAAAGAAUUGGAGAGGUAGUUAUCAAGAAAAGUUAAAAAUGUCUAUUGUUCACACAUUUAAUAACCAACCAUUUUCGUUGGCCCCACCCAGAUACCAAAAGCCCUACCCCUGGGAUCAUCAAAUCUACAAUUUUGGUAAAAGGACUACCUAUACUCUUUCUAAAUAUCCAUUAAGUUUCAAUUUAGUAUUAAUUGCACUAAAGAAGAUGUUAUUUUAGUGUUUUACAUAUAAACACUAUAUACUAAGUUUGGCCCCGACCUGGGGUCAGAACCGCUACCCCGGAUAUAAUGAAAUGUACAAUUUUGGUAGAGGCCUUCCUGCUCCACAUCACUAUGUAUUUAGUUUUUCUUACAUGUGCGAUUCUAAAGAAAAAGAUUUUUGAAAAUUGGUCAAUUUUGGGCAGUUUUUGCCCUACCCCUAGGGGUUCAGGAGUCCUGAAAUUUACUAUUUAAGUCUCCCUUAUCCCAAAGAUGCUUCAUACCAUAUUUGAAAAGAAUUGGAAUGGUCGUUAUCAAAAAGAAUAUGUUCAAUUAAACAAUAAAAUGCUUUUUUGUUGUUUCAUCGGUAGCUAGCAUUGCAGAAAAAAUGCAUAUUUUUAUUUUGCAAUGAUUGCUACCUUCAUCACCCGAUGAAACAACAAGGAAGGGCAUUUUAUUUUUUAUAUUUAUUUAUGUUUUUAUUUAACAAGAGGCCCACAGGCCUUAUCGGUCACCUGAAUACUAGUGAAAAAGUAUCACUACUUCCAUGGGCUAUGAAAUCUAGAAAAAAUUUCCUGUUCUGAACAUCUAAGCUAAAUUCUAAUGUUCAGAAACAGAAAAAAACAAGAUGUGUUCUUAAAACUUCCCUGCCCUCAAAAGUGGAUACACAGAUGAAAGGCUUUAAAUAAUAGUUGUACAAGUGACUCUCGAUGGCUCAAACUUCGAUCUCUCGAAGUUCUCGGUCUCUCGAAGUGAAAUCAUGGUCCCGAUUUUUUCUCCCUACAUAACAAAGCAAAUUUACAGUACUAUAGAUCUCUCGAACGUUCGAUCUCUCGAAGUGAAGUUGGGUCCCGUAAAACACAUUUCAUUGGUUUUCACUCUCGAUCUCUCAAAGUGUAUACCCACCAUUAUCCAAGUGUGUAAUAAUUUCUGCUUGGGCCUUACCUGGAUUUUGUUGAAUGUCAGAGGGGUAAUUAGGUGUUUACAUAGUUGAAACAUUGCCCAUGCUUCUUUAUGGAGGUGAUCGACACACUUGAGUAUAUAAUUGGCUAAUUGGUCAGUUUACACCUUGCACUGGGGUUUUGUGUUGUGAUGAUUAAAAUUAUAUAUCAUCCCACUAUGAAUAAAAUCUAUAAUUUGUUUUGACGUGACAACGAGAGAGUAAGUUUUAUACAUAAUUUAGAGAUCUACAGAUUGUUAAAUUUCUCGAGUUUAUUCUUUGUGUAAAGUUACUCUAAAACAUCAUUUUACUCAUUCAUUAGAAUUUUUGCUUUGGGUUAAAGCGACUUAACAUUGUGCUCUGUUUAGUUUGUGAUAGUAAAGCUUCAUCGGAACUUGGUUUUGUAUGCCUAUCUAAGCAUAAUUAAAGAACAAACAAGAGAUGUUUGUCAAAAUCAAUAGGGGUCAUCUUCUCCUGAAGAUGUACCAGUGUACACGGUUUGAAGCUAACUUUUUAUGUCACCAGUCCAUCCGGACUGAUGGGGUAUAAUUUCAACCAGUCCGCUGAAAAAUUUACCAAUCCAACAGAUUUUUCCAAAAAUAAUUAAACACAUUUCAUUAAUGUUAUUAAAAUGAAAUUUAGCUCAAUAUGUCUUAAACAAUAUUGUAACACUUAAAUGUGGGAUUUAUAAAUUUACAAAUCAGAUUUGUCUGAUAGGUCUACAGAUCGAAGCAUGCCAAAUGUGCAAAUUUCAUAAGUAUAUUUUCCAAAAUAAUGCUUUAGAAAAUUAACUGGUCAGUCUCAUCGGACUUACUAAAACAAAUGUCAGUCAGUCAGCCAGCCACGGACUGACGGGCAUAUGUUAAUUUCGAGCCCUGGUGUACCAAGUUUGAUGUCUGUCAAGCAAAGGGUUCUCAUGAUAUUAAACGGACAGUAUAUUCCUAUGUCCAGUGUGACCCUUGACCUUUGAGAAUGCGACCUCAAAAUCAAUAGGGGUCAUCUUCUCCUGAAGAUGUAUCAAUGUACCAAGUUUGAUGUCUGUCAAGCAAAGGGUUCUCAAGAUAUUGAACAGACAGUAUAUUCCUAUGUCUAGUUUGACCCUUGACUUUGUGACCUCAAAAUAAAUAGGGGUCAUCUUCUUCUGAAGAUGUACUGGUGUACCAAGUUUGAUGUCUGUCAAGCAAAGGGUUCUCAAGAUAUUGAGUGGACAUUAUAUUACUAUGUCCAGAGUAGAUUGACCCUUGACCUUUUGACCUGAAAAACAAGAGGGGUCCUCUUCUACUCAUAACCAACCAAUAUAUGAAAUAUCAUUAUCAUCAAGUGAAUGGUUCCCAAGAUAUUGAGCGGACAACAUGUGGUCUACCGACCGACCGACCGACAGGUGCAAACCAAUUUGCCCCUCUUCUUUGAAGGGGGACAUAAUAAAUACAUGAACUUUGAAAUGUUUUUAUUAAUGCAAAAGAAGGUUUUUAAUUUGGAUAUCAAAUCACAUGACAAAUAUGAAGGAAAACAUGCCAAAACGAUAUCAUAUGAUCUUGUUAGUAAACAUUUCCGGUUACUGUAAAAUCUUAACCAUACCGGCGGACCUUAAAUUUUCGAAUUUCGAUCUCUCGAAGUUUCAUCAAGGUCCCUUGAACUUCGAGUUAUCGAGAGUCACCUGUAUUAACAUUAAAACAUGACUAAUUUGGACUCAUCUUAAAGUCAUAACCCUGGGCUGUGAAAUUCACCAUUUUUGUACAUCCUUUUCUGCUAUUCCUAAGUUUUACACAGUAUCAGCAAACUUGCACAUAAAUACUAUAUACUAAGUUUGGCCCCACCCUGGGGUCAAAACCCUUACUCUGGGGAUCAUCCAUUUAGUUUCAAUUUAGUAUCAAAAGCACCAAAGAAAAUGUUAUUUAAGUGUUUUACACAUAAACAUUAUAUAACAAGUUUGGCCCCGCCCUGCCCUGGGGUCAGAAUCCCUACCCUGGGGAUCAUGAAAUUUACAAUUUUGGUUGAGGCCUUCCUGCUCUACAUCACUAUUGCAUUUACUUUUCCUUACAUGUGUGUGGUUCUUGAGAAGAAGAUUUUUGAAAAUUGGUCAUUUUUGGGCAGUUUUUGCCCUGCCCCUAAGGCCCCAGGGGUGCUGGAGUCCUGAAAUUUACAAUUUAUGUCCCCCUUGUCCCAAUGAUGCUUCAUAGCAAAUUUGAAAAGAAUUGGACUGGUAGUUAUUAAGAGGAAGUUAAAAAUGUUCAAUUGUUAACGCAAGAUGGACGAAAACCAAUUGCAAUAAUGUAAACUAGAAUUAAGAUCUAUAAUAUCAUAAGGUUGACCCAUUUGUUACGUUAAAUGGAACAGCCAAUGCACCCUUUGACCUUGAUGACACUCAAUAUUUGGUAAUGAUUUUGCAGACGAGUGGUACUAGAAAACCGGAUCGAACUAAUUUGCAACAAAUGUGUAUUCAUUGCAUGAUGAAAGCAAUGUCAAUUUCAAAAGAAAUAUCAGAGAAAAGAUUCAGUGAACGUAAUUAUUUGUUAACGCACGGACACAGACGACAACCAAUUGAGUAAACUCAGGUGACCUAAAAAAGUCGGAAAACUGUUUGACCUACUUUAGUCCUAAAGUAGGUCAAGGAUGAACCAAUCCAGCUGAAAUGCAAACUGAGCAUGUAUUUUUCCAAGACGAAACCUGUGACUAAAUUUCAGGGCAAUAUAUGUAUCCAUAUGGAAAAAAAGUCCGGAAAACUGUUUGACCUACUUUUAGUUGAAAUAUAGGUCAUGGACGGAUGGGCCAAUCCAGCUGAAAUGCAAACUGAACUUGUAUUCCUCCGAGAGGAAACUAUUGUAUUCCUCCGAGAGGAAACUAAUAACUAAAUUUCAGGGUAAUAUCUGUAUCCAUAACAAAAACGGUUAGACCUACAAGUACUUAUAGCCCUAAAGUAGGUCAAGGUGCACCAAUCCAGCUGAAAUGCAAACUCAAUCUUACGCCUCUUGAUUUAUGAAAUUUUUGAGGUAAUUCCAUGGUAGGGAGUGUUAGAUAUGCUAUAAAGGCAAAUCUAUAUAAUUUAAUCUAUACGUAUUUGUAAUUAUUUGUUUAUAAAAUAAUUAGUUGUCUAUCACCAAAUCAUUUGCUACAGCGAAUUCAGGCACUCUUUCACCUUCAGCAUUGUGUUGGCCAAUGGCAUGCCCACCGAUCUGUCUGAUUUGCUGCCUAUGUGGCCAUUCCAGUCACCACAUACCAACAGUUCCUCAGUGAAACAUGGGAAAGACCAAAGUAAUGAUUGCUGGACCAAACCUGAACUCUCGUAGAAGAUCAGGAAAACACCCUUGUUCGGUAUGUCUAAGCAGAACAAGAAGAAACUCUAUCUUCUGCACCAACUGCUCUUACUGGGUGGUCCACAAGAACUGUAGUGGAAUUAAAGGUCCACUCAGACCGGACCCACAAUACUCAUGUCCUUGCUGUAUGACAGCAAGACCAAUACACGGUAGGCCAGUAAGCGAGGUUGAGGUUGAUAGAGACACACUUGAUGUGGUUGCUGACUUCUGCUACCUCAGGCAUACAAUGUCUUCUGGUGGAGGGUGUGAGCUUGCAACCAUAUCGUGGUGCAAGUCAGCCUGGAAAAAGGUUCAGAGAACUCCUUCCUAUCCUCACAAACAAGCAACUCCCUGCUACAAUCAGAGGUCAAGUUUACUCCAGCUGUGUGAGGAGUGUUGUGCUCUAUUGUUCAGAAACGUGGGCAACAUCAGCGAGCACCGUCAAACGCCUUCAGCGUAACAGAGCCAUAAUAAGAUGGACCUGCCUGAAGAAGACAUCCACGUUGAGACUCUUCCAUCUAGGCUCAAAAUAAGAGACAUUGCUGAAGUUCUUCAAUAGGGCAGGCUGAGAUGGCUUGGACACGAUGAGCACAGGACAAGCUGGAUCUCGCAGGCUAGAUGCAUUGACAUCACAGCACAGCGGUGUCAAGGCAGACCAAAGCUUUCUUGGGACAAACUCGUGAAGCAUGAUUGUGUAGCCCUUAACAUGGACUCUACCAACCCACUGGAUUACCAUGCGUGGAGAGGAAGACUUCGCUCAAGACAGACAGGCCACACCCUCGACAUAAGGAUUAAUACAUAGCCUGCAUAAUCAAAACCGGUUGAUGAUGAUGAUGAAAAUCAACAUUGUAUUCUUUCACAUUUACUUGUGUUUAUACAACAUCACGUCUUUAUUACUGUAGUUAUACGAUGUCGAACAUGCGUAUGUAUUGUGACGUAAAAUGACGGAUAAGAAAAACAACAAUAUACUGUUACAGUUGUAGUCAGCGGUGGUAUUGAAUGUAGACAUACUAUAUUUGAAAAAUAAAAUAAAUAUGGAACGCAUAUCUCUCUAGUCUAACAUCGGACAAGCUGACGGUGCUGUGUAGGAACUUCACUAUUUUUAGAUCACUUUUGGUCAGUAGUGUGUUUAUAUUGACCAAUGAAAAGAGAGAACCAGGGGCAGUUGAUGCUAGAGUGGGAUUCUGCAGUUGUUACUGGAUAGGAGAGGACGCUUGGUUUAGCAGCUAUAUUUCUUUGCCAUUUUCAUCCCAGCUAUCGAUCGAUCUCUGUUGAUUUGUGUCAAGUGAAGCAAAGUGCAAUGUAAAAAACCGAUUUUGUAUAUAUAUAUCUAUUCUCUGACGGAGCUUGUAUGACUGUGAUCUCGCAUUAGGCUACCGCCAGCUUCAGUAUUACGUAAUGGGACCUAAGCAAGUUUCUCCCUACAAUGCCGAUUUACCAGCCAAUUGGACAGCCGCAUGCUUAAAGCAAACUUUAAAUGCUCGCGGGAUGUCCUUCCCAACCAACGCGCGGAGAUCCGUUCUAAUUCGUUUGUUAUCCAAUGGACCAGAACAGCUAAGCGAUAGUGCGCGAUCCCACAAUGCAACGGUUUCCGACAAUGGCGACCUCCGCUCCCAGGAUGCAACUGUUCACAACAACAACAAUGGCGGCCUUCAGGCUACGAGCGGUGGAUCACAGAACCAGGCCGUGGUAAUUGACUUAGUGUCCAAACUCACUUUAACGGUACAAUCACUACAACAGAACGUAAUCAAUUUGACGACACGAGUGAACAAUUUGUCGUCUAUACGGGAUGGUAGCGGAAAUGUACCAGUUGGUCCUAUGACAGUUUCACUGGGCCCUACAACGUGCUCCUCCAAUGUUCCAUUCCCCACAACGGAUAACUACAACCUAGACACUGCAUUUGCCAGAUUGUCGUCAGCAGCUGCGGGAUCAUCUACGCAAGCCGCUGAAUUUAAGAGGACCCGGUUUGGAUAUUCGGCAGAAUCCCUUCCGAUGGUCAAGACGAUCUCUCCUCUACUGAGACAACAUAUCACUUCAGAUGAAGAAAUUCCGGGCACUUGUGCCAGAAGCAGAUGGGAAUCCCACUCCUUGUCUGCAUCACUCCCAAUUGUUUAUGGACUGAAAGAGGAACUUGUGAAUCUCUGGGAUUCAUCGUUAUGUAGUUCUACGAAAAGAAUAUAUAGCUCGGCCUUGCAGUGUUUUUUGACUUUUGUGUGCAUGAGUGGAGUUAUGGUUCAGUCAAAGUGCUUGCCAGCAGUUAACGAAAGCUUGUUAAUGUAUUUUGUUACACAUUGUAAACAUGUUUUGAAAUUGGGAUAUGAAACAAUUAAGCUGUAUUUAGCGGGCUUAAGAUAUCAUUAUAUAAAAGCUGGUUGGGGGGAUAUUUUGAAGAGCUGUGAUCAGUUUCAUUAUAUUUUACGUGGUGUUAAAAGAGUGCAAAACAAUGUUAAGAGUAAGCGAUUACCUAUCACUGCUAUUUUGAAACAAAUGUGGCAGAUUUUAGACAAUGGGGCUUUUUCUCCUUUUGUAGAUCUUAUGUUGAAAUGUAUGUUUUCAUGUGCCUACUUUGGUUUCUUACGGUGUGGAGAAACAAUAUGCAGAUCAGCAAACUGAUCAUUUUUUACAAGUCCUGGAUGUCAGUUUUGGAGAUGAUUGUUAUGUAUUGAGAAUAAGAACUUCCAAGACUGACCCAUUUUCAAAGGGUGUCAACAUAACUAUCUAUGAAAACAAUGUUUUCAAACCUGUACAUAUCAUGUUUUUAUAUAUGCAAGCUAGAGAAGCACUAGCAAGUUUUCCUCAUUCCCCUUUAUUCAUUGACAAUGAGUUCAAUCAUGUACCCUUCAUAGAGAGAAAUUUUUACAAUAUCUCAGAUCAUUACUAUUGCAAGCUGGUCUGAACGACUCUAAUUAUGCCGGUCACUCAUUCAGAAUAGGAGCUGCAGCUGCGGCUGGUGUUGAAGACCAUGUAAUUAAAGAGCUAGGCAGAUGGUCCUCCGACUGCUAUGUCAGAUAUAUCAGAACAGAUUCAGAUGUUGUUAAGAAAGCUCAGGAAAAAUUAAGCGCAUGUACUUAACAUUGUGUAUUUUCAUAUGUUUAAAUAUUAUAGUAUUCUUCCUUACGACCUGUUUUAUCACAUUUUAUUGUCAUAUCCUUGGGGGCUUCACUCAUUACUUCGUUCAUAUGGCAUUCAUUCCUUGGGAAUUCUAACCCCAAGUCUAUGAUAGGUUCUUUCUCGUUUAUAUAUAUUACUUUGGUAUGUGUGUGUUAAUGAAAUGUCUUGUAUAUAAUGGUAUUACUUAACCUAUAUAGUGUUAGUGGUUGUUUAGGUAUGAUAUACACUGCACUUUAUCUUUGAUGCCCGCUGGGAUCGGCCUCGGGCAGGGUCUUGUCUGCUAUGAUGCCUGCUGGGAGCGGCCCCAGGUAUGUUUCAGUCAACUAUAUACUUGCGGGUAUCGGCCUGCUUGCGUUUCUGUUUAGUCUGCUUUGAUGCUCGCUGGGAUCGGCCCCGGGCAUGGUCCAAUGCUUGUAGGCCUGCUGGGAUCGGCCCCAGGCACACUUUGUCUUUGAUGCUCGCUGGGAUUGGCCCCGGGCAUGGUCCAAUGCUUGUAGGCCUGCUGGGAUCGGCCCCAGGUCAUCUUUGGUGCUCAAAGCCCGCUGGGAUCGGCCCCGGGCUUGAUUUGUUGCCAAGGCCCACUGGGAUCGGCCCUGGGCACACUUUGUAAUUAGCUUUAUACUUAGUUUUCUAAUUAGGUCAGGUUUGAUAGUUAUUUGGUUAGGAUAGUAAUGAGUAGCCCCCAGAACGCCAAACUUCAAUUUAGGUUUCAUGUGUGGUAUUUUAUACAAGAGGUAUUGAUAUGUCCAUGUAUGUAGUUUUUAUAUGUAGGGGUUUUCAUGUGAACCCAAAUAAACUCUAAACUUAAACUCUAAUGGUUGUUUAUAAAUAAAUUACAACAUUUGAACUAGUUCUAAGUCUCAACUACCUGUAUCAUAAAUUAUAAAACUGAAAUACACGUAUAGGGGUAUAAAAAUAGACGAUACAUUGGAUGAAACAAAAACGGUAAUAUUAUGCAGAAUUAGAACUAAUUGAUUUGUGAAUCCUUCCGCCACAAAAUAUAGUCCCUGUCAAACCCUUUCAAAAUUUGAAUUGACACAAAAUUUUUCAACUGGAUAGGGUUCUGCAAUAGAUGUGUAAUAUAUUUGCACCAAUGGGAUCAGUAUUGAACCAGUGAAUACUUAGUUGUAGCAUCCUGCGCAGUUGUACUCAAAAGCUCAGGAGCUAACUUCCUUAAACGGAUUUCUAAUAAUGAUUCUAUUAUUAAAACUAAACCCAAACCGAAAUACGGAAAAAUGGAACCGAACCCGACCCAAACAACAUGACCCGCGGUUUUCGGUUAUUUCGGGUACCCGUUGCAGCCCUAUUAGGGAGGCAUUGUUUAGCUGUAUUACCCUACAUUAGGGAGGCAUUGUUUAGCGGUAUUACCCUACAUUAGGGAGGCAUUGUUUAGCGGUAUUACCCUACAUUAGGAAGGUAGUGUUUAUUGGUAUUACCUUACAUUAGGGAGGCAUUGUUUAGUGGUAUUACCCUACAUUAGGGAGGCAUUGUUUAGUGGUAUUACCCUACAUUAGGGAGGUAUUGUUUAACGGAAUUACCCUACAUUAGGGAGGCAUUGUUUAGCGGUAUUACCCUACAUUAGGAAGGUAGUGUUUAUUGGUAUUACCUUACAUUAGGCCAACGAUAAAAAUUGUUGAGUUUCCGCUAAUGUUCCAGAAAAAAAUAGGGUAGGUAGGUAGGAAAUAAUUUUUUUUUUUUUUUAAAAUUUUAUUUUUUCAAAGUAUGCAAAAACAUUGUAAACUCUUAGCAAGUGUAGUAUAGGAAGGAGGAGAAAAUCUUUGGUUGUACCGGGAAUCGAACCCAGGAACCCUGCAUUACUAGGCAGGGGCUCUAACCACUGAGCUAUCCAGUCCGUAUAGCCCUAAUUACUACAUUCCUCCCUCCUUAAGAUCAAUUAUAAUUUUAUAAUUGUCUUUCAAUAUCAACCCAGGUUCUUUUCGCCCCUGACAGGCCAACCUGCACCACCAGGGGUGGUCAACGGCACCAAAUGUAGUAUGGGAAGGAGAAAAUCUUUGGCUGGACCCCUGCAUUCCUAGUCAGGUGCUCUAACCACUGAGCUAUCCAGGCCGAUAUCCACGGUCCGUAUAGCCCCAAUUACUGCACAAGUUAAAUGUUCUAUUGAAUGUAAAACUGAUACGGUACCAAUUUUGAUGCACCAGAUGCGCAUUUCGACAAAUAAUGUCUCUUCAGUGAUGCUCAACCGAAAUGUUUGAAAUCCGAAAUAACUAUGAAGUUUUAGAGCUAAAUAUAGCCAAAAACAGCAUGCCAAAAAAGUGGAGCCAAAUUCGUCCAAGGAUAAGAGCUAUGCAUGAGGGAGAUAAUCCUUAAUUUUGAAAUGAAUUUCAAAAUUUUAUAACAGCAAUUAAAUAUACAUCCGUAUUUUCAAGCUAGUAACGAAGUACUUAGCUACUGGGCUGUAGAGACCCUCGGGGACUAACAGUCCACCAGCAGAGGCCUCGACCCAGGGGUCAUAAUGUAAAACUUAUACGGUACCAAUUUUGAUGCACCAGAUGCGCAUUUCGACAAAUAAUGUCUCUUCAGUGAUGAUCAACCGAAAUGUUAUACUUUCAAAAUAAAAUUUUGCUUAAAUUGCAUUGCAAGUAAACUUUCAAUCAUAACAUUUCACCCGUUAUUGGCUGAGGAUUAUUUCCAAAUGUUUUAUAAGAAACUAUAUUUUUCAAUGAAACAUAUCUAGCAUAAAACACAAAAGUUAACUCCUCUAUGCCACUAUGCUCUACAAGUACCAGAUAUAUUGUUUCUACAUUUAGAUUGGUUGUCAUAGGUCAGGAAUACUUCUAUUGGAUAUGUUUGACAAGAAAAUAAUGUGAUGGUUUUGAAAAAAUAUAUUAAAUCAUCACCAAAAUAAUAUGUUUUACGGCGUGACCGUGUUUGAGGGCGAAGCAAAAAAGUUUUGGCAUUAUUAUCUAUAUCCAAAACAGGACAAAAACAACCCGAAGUUGGCACGCGGACGGAGCUGUAUCAAAGCAUCCUAAUUUUAGACAUUUGAUCCGCCUAUAUAUUGAACGCGGGAAAUAUAACGCAAUCGAUGUAAACAGUACAUUGUGACGUCAUAUUCAGCGUCGUUAUUUAGCAAAUUUACAAACAUAGCGUUUGAACCACAACAAAAAACAUGGCGUUAAUCGUGGAGUGAUUAUAUACGAUUAGGAAACUAAGAUUUACAUGCUUUUACGGAUUUUAUGUAACAUCUCAGAACGACGUAAACUAGGGUAGACGAGAUUCAAAAUGGAGGAAUACAUGUCCACGCGCUAAUAUUCGAAUCGACGCCAUUGGUACCAAACUUUUCAAGUUCCAUAGGUAUGGUUUAAUUUUUCAUUAUUUUCCUACAUUUUCCUUUUAAACAUGUAUAUACGUGUUACCUAUAGGGAGAGCUCCGCCCUCACGGCCCUUUGGGCCGUGAGAGGGCUUCGCCCUCUAUCAACAUCAUUAACAUAUUUUAAGUUUAUUAAUACAUUUCUGAAUGUAUUUUCACUAUCUAAAUGGAACAAGGGUAGGAAGACAGUCUGGGCAGAUCCCACUUAUCCUAAUGGGAUCCAACUCUCUUCCAGCUAAAACUUUUUACCGGACAUAAAUUUUUAUUUUAAAAACAAUCUGCACAUCUUUUUUUCCUCUCGGCUCUCACCAGCCAUCAACAACUUGGAUGCGCUCACUGCUUUAUUUGCGGCCUUUUUCAUAGUGUUUUCAGUUAGAACUGCAGCAGAAACCAAGGAUGUGCAUACAAAUUUGACAGACUGGACAUUCAUGUCUGUCACUCUGCAUCAUGACCUCCAUAUAAAACUAGGGUCCCCGUGUAUACACAGUAAUGCCCGCUGAAACGAUAGCAUAAGACAGUGCAUGGCUAUAAAUAGCCACCGUCUAAAAACAACAUAGGAGUUGGCAAUUUUAACAAAAGAAAGUCUUCUAUGAAAACAUGACACUUGGCAGAGUCUCUCGACCGUCUGUUAACUUCAAUUGUUAAAUCACUGUUGCGUGAGCACGCAUGGAGGUACUAGCCACUAGGUCAUGCUGUUAGUUAGAAACAUUAUCAAUGUUGUUUAAACGCUUGACCCAAUACCAUGCAGUUUUGUAUAUCAUUAAAGCGUUUGAAUGACUUCAUCUCAAUGUCUAACUAAAACGAAAACC